CACUCUUGAAAGUGGAAAGAAGCGAGUGAGAGAUAAAGAAAAAACACAGAUGGCGAAGCGACUCAAGCUUCGAAUUUCCCGAGUUUUCCUAUCAUUUCAGUCUUGCCGUUCCAAGGACCCCUCCGACCUGCCGGAGAAUCCACAGCCUGUGAUUUUUCGACUCUCUACGGUCAUACCCAAGACCAUAGGCAUCGAUGUUCCGGCGAGUACAGCCUUCCCGAACCCAUUUCCACCAACACAAUCGUCCUCGAAGUAUCAUCAUUCUUCGCUGAGACGCCACGUGUCGGGCGCGUUGGUGUCCGUCGGCUGCGGCUGCCGAUCAAGAACCGCCACUAGCUGCAGAUAUUACGUAGAUUCCUCUGAUGACAACAUCAGGUCGCCAGAUUACAAAUGGAAGAGAGAUGGGAAGUGGCACGUUGUCGCCAGAGUCCAUGAAGAGGCGCCUCGGCGGAAAAUUUACAGCUCGUCACUAUCCGGCGACUCCGAUGACGAAACAUCGCCGAAAUCAGUACAACCACUUACAAAGAUGGAAAAGAAGAAGCCCAAGAAGAAACAAAUGAGUAAGAAGUCGAAACUGAGACUGAGGUCUCGUAUCAGUACAUCGUCGGAUAGCGGCUGGUUCAGCAGCGGACGUGAAGAGAACGACGACGAAGAAAACGGAACCCUAGUAUCUACGUCUAGAAGUCUAUCGACUGAUUCUUCUUCGGAGUUUUACCCCAACUUGGACGCAAGACGCGAACCGCCCAGCGUUAUGAACGGCCAAAGGCGUCACAAAAAGAAGAACAAUAUGAGGAGGGAGAAGCAUAACGCUUUGAGGUGUAACGGAGGAACAGCACCACGGAAGGCGACGAGGACAGGGUGUCCAUCUCCGGAUACAGAAUCGCCGGCGAGGUUGUCGGUGUUUAGGAGAAUGAUACCGUGUGUAAUGGAGGGAAAGGUGAGGGAGAGCUACGCGGUGGUGAAGAAGUCGAAGGACCCGUACGAAGAUUUCAAGAGAUCAAUGUUGGAGAUGAUAUUGGAGAAACAGAUGUUCGAAGCGAAAGACUUGGAGCAGCUCCUGCAGUGUUUCCUAUCUCUGAACUCGCGACAACACCAUGGUGUCAUCGUAGAAGCUUUCUCUGAGAUUUGGGAGUCCUUGUUCUGUAAAUCCCCGAUAAACUAGCUUCAUUAACCGAUCGAAUAUGGAAUAUAUAUAUUAAGGGUUCUUGUUCUUGCAUCUUUCUUAUCUUUCACGUUUGGUCUGAAGAAUUAAUGAAUUUCUCGCGUUCAAUCUCUUCUUCUACCUCAAUCCUCAGAUCUCUCUCCUUCUUUUGCAUAUGGUUAGGCCGAGUUGGUUGACUCAGAAAGCUGCCGAGGCUUGCAUGUUGGUUGCAAUACAAGAGAAUUAAAAAAGGUGGCAUAUAACAACCGGGACCGAGUCACAGACUCACAGACUCAGACGCCAGGCAGAUUAGAAUCAAUGAAUCAAGGAAGGAUCAUAUCAUCCUCAUCAGACGGUUUCAGUUCAGAGGAGAUAACAGCGAAGACGAAGGCUACACCAGUACCAGUGGUCCGCAAUCUACGGAAGCAUGUUCGCAGGGAGCAGUGCAGUUCGAUGUUGGAGUAUACAACACGUUUGCUGUGUUCGCUUUUAUUGCAAAUUAAUGGUCUAAUCUUGAUUAACGAAAUCGCCUAUUACUACU